CCGGGUACUGGCGGUCAAUGUAAGCACUCAAACAUAGCAAACCGAGUUCACAUAUUAGUGGGCAUCACCAGUUCAAAUAAACUAAAUCCAAAUAAAUGCAUGAAAAUACAACAGUAGGUAUAUUUGUAUAUGUGUGGACAUCACAUUUUUGGUUGUCAAGACGACAAUGUUAAAUUUUGGACUACAAUGCCCUGGCGUCCACUUAUGAGGAUGUUAAACUGCCAUCUAGUGGUGGAAGAGUGUAACAAAGCACCUGUAAAAUACAAGAUGGCUGACAAGCCACCCAAACAUUCAAAUGGCUCCUCCCAAUCCAAAAGUCGACCAGGCUAAAUCCUCUUUAAGGGUGACAAAGGCCAGUCCCAGCUGAUGCCCGGAUAAGCUUGAGCUGAGAGGAGAUAACCAACGAGCAAGAAGCCAGCAUACAUGUGUUACUACAUAGACUGCUGACUGAAUGCAGGAUGGCACAGUGGGGUGCCAUAUUCUCAAUCGUUGUCGCUCUUGCUGGAGCAGCCCUCUUGGCUUCUGUGCACAAGAUCGAUGAAGGCCACACCGGCGUUUACUACAGGGGCGGAGCUCUCUUGACCACCAUUAGUGGACCUGGUUUCCAUCUCAUGCUUCCAUUCAUCACCACCUACAAAUCUGUUCAGACAACACUGCAGACAGAUGAGGUGAAGAAUGUCCCGUGUGGUACGAGUGGAGGAGUGAUGAUCUACUUUGAUCGCAUCGAGGUGGUCAACUACCUUGUUCCCUCAGCAGUGUUUGACAUCGUGAAGAACUUCACUGCAGACUACGACAAAGCUUUGAUAUUCAACAAGGUGCACCACGAACUCAACCAGUUCUGCAGUGUCCACUCUCUGCAGGAGGUCUACAUCGGCUUGUUUGACCAAAUUGAUGAAAACCUGAAACUAACAUUGCAAGAAGAUCUAACAAGCAUGGCUCCCGGUCUUAUCAUACAGGCCGUGCGUGUCACAAAACCCAACAUCCCAGAGAGCAUCCGCAGGAAUUAUGAGCUCAUGGAGAGUGAGAAGACAAAACUGCUGAUCUCCCAGCAGACACAGAAGGUUGUGGAGAAAGAGGCAGAGACAGAAAGGAUCAAAGCUGUGAUCGAGGCUGAAAAAGUGGCCCAGGUGGCAGAAAUCAAGUUUGGACAGAAAGUCAUGGAGAAGGAAACUGAAAAAAGGAUCUCUGAAAUUGAGGACGGUGCUUUCCUGGCACGGCAAAAGGCCAAAGCAGAUGCCGAGUUCUACACCGCACAGAGAGCCGCAGAGGCCAACAAGAUGAAGUUAACUCCAGAAUAUCUGCAGUUAAUGAAGUACAAGGCCAUUGCUGCCAACAGCAAAAUCUAUUUCGGAAACGACAUCCCCCAGAUGUUCAUGGACUCAGCCGGCACUUCUCUAAAGGCCUCUGCCGCCAUGGACCUUAUGGGCGAGCAGAUCUUGGACAUGGAUUAGAAAAGAAGGUACUGGGAGGACCACACACGGACUAAACGUUGGAGGCCAAGUGAGUCAAACUAUGGCAGGUCGCUCUCCAUGACCGGAGACCCUAUUUUCAUAAGAAUCUCUGAAUCACUGCUAGAAACCUUUCUGGGUUGGCUCUCCAUUUAGAUUGGUGGAAGAAGAAAAUGUUGCAUGGCAUCAUGGGUCUGAGGUCAAGGGGGGUUGGACACCUGAUGUUUAUAAAUAUUCAUACGCAUUAGGUGUACCAGUAUUUCAUUUUGCCACGAUGAACACAUCUAGCGUGAGACUGCAUUAAGCACAACCAAAUGUGAACGCCUGCAAUAUGACAGGAUGCAAAUAGGGAUUAGCGCUCGAAGGACAAAAAGUCAUUUUUAUGUUUACAUCAACAUUUUUUUGUCACGUCGUAUGGCUCUUUAAAUACCACGUUAGUCGUUAGUCUCAAAUUCCAUUCCAGUAAUGUAAUAUUUGGAGUCCUUAAUGAUUGCUUCAGGUUGAAACCUGUACUGCUAAAUAAGUUUCACUUUACAUCGAUCCUUCACAACAAACGUUCCGUUCUCUUUUGUUUUGCCUUUUUCAUUUUAUGAUAGAAUGACAGAUGAUGUUUUACGUGUAAAAGCUUCGAGAUUCUGGGGGAGAUUCCCGGAAAUUUAAAAAAUGUUCGGGAUUGUGAUGUUUUUGUGUCGAUUUAUAAAAAUGUAGUUUUUGCCCACACAUUGGAAUGAUGACAUGGAAUUGGACGAUCAACAAUCUCUCUAUUGAAAUGAACCGGUUACGUUCAGCUAGGGCUUAGUCAAUUAAUCUGUUUGACCUGAAACAUAAAGACAAUAAUAAGUCUGCUUUCAUGGAUCACUAAAGAAAUUAAUCAUAUUUGCAUUGAAAAACUGAAAUCAGAGGAUAUUUACUUAAAAUUCUGGACUAUGAACCGCUACUUUUCCCACAUGCCCUUCUGGCUUAAACAAUCGUGUGACAAAUUUAUGGCUAAAAGACGUAAUGAAUUGGAGUUGGGAUGCGGAUGCUAGUUGAUUUUCGAUGUAUGUUUAGGAUUAGUAAUCAAUCUGCGCUGUGAAUGUAGCAUUUGGCAUCAGCCGAUACACCUCCCCAUUCGUUGUGUUACAGUUACCUCAUCAAUAAAGUAAGGCUGUUCCAUGAGCAGUUAUACACACCAAUAUCAGACAUGUUUCCACCAUGAUGUGGUAUUCUUUGGGUCCAGAGCUGUUCCAUUCCCUCGUCAUACAUGUUUGUCCAAAUGCUUUCAGUCAGUGUAAUGUGGAUGUUUUUUAACUGUCCAUGUCACCCCAAAAAAACAAACUAAUCAGUUCUUAUAAACGUAGGCUACAGUUGCUUGUUUUUUUUUUUAAAUGUCGGAGAAAAUGGUUGAAUGAACAAUGCUGGUAAAGUCAUGGUGGAGACCUCUGCGUAAUAGAAUAGAACAGAAUAAACUGUUAUUGUUAUUGCAGUGUUAAUGUUUUAGCAAAGUUACAGUUGGCACCCGACUAAACUAUCGUGCCAUGAACUUACAGAACUGUCAGCUAUUUGCAUGUGUACCCUAACAUAAAUCCAAAAUACUUAUGUAGCCACUUGACCACACCAUUCUGUUUUUACAGUAAACCUCGGAUAUAUCGGACUCGGAUAUAUCGGAAAUUCGCUCACAACGGACAGAUAAAAAAGAACCAAUUUUUCUGUAAUGCAUUUCCAAUAAAAAUUCAUUGCAUAUAUCGGAUUUUUUAUAACGGAUUUCGCCUAUUUCGGACAAAAUCUCCAGUCCCGUUCCAAUGCAUUUCCAUUAAAUUUCCCUCGCAUAUAUCGGAUGGCCGUAUCGUGGCGCUCCAAUUCGUUUGCAGCGUUGCCUGCGCGUCCAGGUACAUUGGAAACAUAGUCAAGGAAGUGCCUUUUUAUAACGGAUAAAAUCCGAUUUACGCAUAUACCGGAUAUAAAUCCGAUAUAUGCGUAAAACGGACUUUUUCCGCUAUACGCAUAUAACGGAUUUCGCUUAUAUCGGACAAAACCAGUGGGAACAAUUGAAUCCGAUAUAUCCGAGGUUUACUGUAAUUAAUAGUUACUUACUAAUAGUUACUAAAUUAAUAGUUAAAAGUAACUUAAAGUGCUUUCAGCCUCAAACAAGCCAUAGAAGUUGAAAGUUAGGUUGAUGAAAUUUAAGCUUGACGUUAUGAAGGGGUUUUCCUUCACCAAGGAAAGGCUUCUGUGAUCACCCAGUUCAGUUAAUGAAUGUUCAUUUGGUCACCUGUCACUUCUGCUUUCACUCGUUCAUUUAUGUUAACUCCAAAAGUCCCCAGUAAAACCAGAAAAAUCGGAUAGAUUUAUCACAUGUCACUUUUUUCAAAAAUAUUUUUUUAAUAUCUAGAAUGGUCAGAGUACUCGUGGAAUAUAGCAACAAAGUUACUACGUUGGCAACACUGAUUCCAUAAUUCAAAGUUGCAAUCAAAGCCUGUUGUCCGGUCAUCAAAUCUGAUGCUUGUGUGUCUCAAAUAUCACAUAACAUUACUGACACCUAUUCAACAACAAAAUAGCAUCAUUUAUGAAUCAAUAUCUUUCUGAAAAUCCAUGAUAGAGAGGGUCCAAGUCCAUCAUGGUACAAAUGGAAUAUUUUGACUAUGAAUCAAUGGAGACGGUGCACAAUGAUUCCAGCUGAAAUCAUGCCAUAACAAUAAAAUAUUCUACACAUGGGGAUAGUUUUGAUUUUUUGUGAUGCUAAACUCUUUACUUAACUGUCCCCAUCAAUUAGCUGGAACUACUUUACUCGGCAUCGAAAUCCGACCAGAACUCUGCUUAGGACACAAAGUGGGAAGUGAGUCAUUGUUGACGGACUUCACUGCUUAUGGGGGUGUCAUACAUGUCCAAAAAUCUGAACUAUCCCUUCAAAGGUGCUGUGUUGUCAUAGAUGAAUUGCAUAAUAUUACAUUAUUAGUGUCCUUACAGAGUCAAGAAUGAGUGUUCGAGAAUGACUGGAACAUAUUAAAAUCAUUUUGCUGGUCAAAUUGUCCUGAAAGCAUCCCAGUGGGAAGCAUGGGUCUAAUAAAUUGCUGGCAUGUGAUCUUACAGGAACUAGCAACUUGAUGAAUGAAUGUUUCUAAUUUAAGGUCCAAUAUAGCUCCUCAGAGUCUUAUGAUAUGUAUACUGGUGUGAAAAAGUGUCAGCCCCUUCCAAGUGUUUGUCACACUUAAAUGUUUCAGAUCAUCACAUUUAAAUAUUAGCCAAUAACAACAGAAGUGAAGACAAAAUCCAGUUUUGAAUGAAACUUGUUAUUAUUAAGGGAGAAAACAGUUCCACACCUACAUUGCCCUGUGUGGAAAAAGAGAUUGCUGCCCCAUUAAAACAUAAUAUCACUGAGAUUAAUUGGAAACAGUUAUAAGGCCAUUUCUAAAGAACCACAGUAAGAGUCAUUACCCACAAAUAUCGAAAACAUGGACCAGUGGGGAACCUUCCCUUCCCAGGAGUAAACCAAAUUACCCCAAAACUGCAGCGACGACUCAUCCCAAAAGGUCACAAAAGGUCCCACAACAACAUCCAAAAAACUGCAGGCCUCCCUUGUCUCAGUAAAGGUCAGCGUUCAUGACUCCACGAUAAGAAUUUCCUGCAUGGCGGAGUUCCAAAACGAAAACCACUUCUCAAGAAAAAGGACAUUAAGGCUCAUAUCAAUUAUGCCAGAAAACAUCUUGAUGAUACCAAAGGCCUCUGGGGGAAAAAGUGUUCUAGUUCUUCCAGAAUCUGCACCUAUUCCGCUGUAUUUUGGGGGGGAUUUUGUGGUUGCCGCAAAACAUACCGCAGACAUACGCAGUACUUCCAUCACCGGUGGUUCUAAUACGGCAUCCCUCCAUGUGAUGUGGCUUGCGGGUUGACGGUGACGUAUUCAACACUGAUCCCUCCAGCUACAUCUUCUUAUUCUCUGGCAGACCAGGUGCCUAUGAGGUGUGUUAAAGGUUGACCUACUAUGCUCAUUUUUCGGCCCUUUGUAUUGACUUUGUUCUCCUAUAGAGCAACUACACACAAUAACCAGCACAGAAAGCGUUCUAGUUCUUCCAGAAUCUGCACCUAUUCCGCUGUAUUUUUUGGGAUUUUGUGGUUGCCGCAAAAACAUACCGCAGACAUACGUAGUUCUUCCAUCACCGGUGGUUCUAAUACGGCAUCCCUCCAUGUGAUGUGGCUUUCAGGUUGUCGGUGACGUAUUAAACACUGAUCCCUCCAGCUACAUCUUCUUAUUCUCUGGCAGACCAGGUGCCUAUGAGGUGUGUUAAAGGGGACCAACUAUGCUAAUUUUUCGGCCCUUUGUAUUGACUUUGGUCUCCUAUAGAGCAACUACACACAAUAACCAGCACGGAAAGCGUUCUAGUUCUUCCAGAAUCUGCACCUAUUCCGCUGUAUUUUUUUGGAUUUUGUGGUUGCCGCAAAAACAUACCGCAGACAUAUGCAGUACUUCCAUCACCGGUGGUUCUAAUACGGCACCCCUCCAUGUGAUGUGGCUUUCAGGUUGACUGUGACGUAUUCAA